UUUUCUUCUCUUCCAAGAGCAAUUCCUUCGCCGCCGUUCUCCGCCGCAGCCGCCGGUCAAGAUGAAGUACAACCCGCGCGUGUCGAGUUCCCGGAGGAAGUCCCGGAAGGCGCACUUCACUGCCCCGUCGAGCGUCCGGCGGGUGCUGAUGAGCGCUCCGCUCUCAGCGGACCUCCGCAACAAGUACAAUGUGCGGUCGGUUCCCGUGCGCAAGGACGACGAGGUGCAGGUGGUGCGGGGCACCUUCAAGGGCCGCGAGGGCAAGGUCGUGCAGGUAUACCGCCGGAAGUGGGUCAUCCACGUCGAGCGCAUCACCCGCGAGAAGGUGAAUGGCGCCACCGUCAACGUCGGCAUCAACCCCUCCAAGGUCGUCAUAACGAAGCUAAAGCUGGACAAGGACCGCAAGGCCCUCCUCGACCGCAAAGCCCGCGGCCGGGCCGCCGACAAGGCCAAAGGCAAGUUCUCGGCCGAGGAGGUCGCCGCCGCCGUUGCCGGUGCGCCCUCUCUCCAGGAGAUCGAUUGAUCUCAUCAAUCCCUCCAACGAUUAGCCCGAUCGGUCCGUCCUUCAUCACCUACCUACCAUAGUUAUGUCGUCAUCUUGCACUACUACCUUUGCUUUUUCGAUAUCUAAGAGAUGUUUUUGAUUUCAAACUGUGCGUUGUUUCUGGUAGAUGAUGGUUCAAGUAAAGUCUACUAUUCUUAUGACUAGAUCUAAUGCGAACCUACAUCAAUGGAUUUGAUGCGAACAUUCUCUUUUAGAUUCA